AUGACUUCUAAACAAUCGCCAACACCUUCUGGUAUAAUCACAAAAGAUAAUGGAGAAAGAGUUAUACCGGCAAGUAAACGACCAGAUGGAACCAUUCGAGCGGAACGUAAAGUGCGUCCAGGCUACAUUCCACCAGAAGAUGUUCCACUUUAUAGAAAUAAAUAUGCACAAGAGACUAUUCAGCCAUUAGAUAAUGAUCAAGUUAAUAUCCACAACAACAACAAAGUUGAUGAUAAUAAAGGAGAAAUGUUAAAUAAAGAACAAUUGAUCGAGAUGAACAAGAAAAAAAUAAAAGCUUUAGAGAAAAAAAUCAGACAAAUUGAAAGAAUUAAAGAAAAACAAGAUAAUGGCGAGAAUUUAAUUACAGAUGAACAUGAAAAACUUAAAAAAUUGGAACCAUUUAAAGAAGAGUUAAAUCAAUUGUUAAAUGAAAUCAAAGAGCAGGAAGGUGAAGGGAAAAAAGGUAGCAGUGGGAAAGGUGGUAGAAAUGGAAAAAAAUAA